CGCUGUCUUCCUUCCAAAUUACGAAAAGCAACGUCUUUCCUGGGGCUGGUCUCUCUGACUCAGUUCCAGCUCCCGACUCGGAUCCCUCGAACUCGGAAUCUCAACCCAUUGACUCUCUGAGCUUCGAAACGCAGCGUUUUGGUUUCCGUCUCAAAUGGAUGAGUCCUACUCUGGCCUCGCCACCAGCCAUUUGCUCGGCUCAGUCCCUGCUGUUACCGAAAAUAAAGAAAAGAAUACCACAAGUUAUGAAGCACCUAACGCGAAUUUGCAAAUUUUCCCGCCAAAUAGUAAUGGAGGAGGGAAAGGGGGCGGUUAUCAAACUGUUGGAAGUACAAGUGAAACAUUUGAGCAACAACCAGCAAACAACUGGAGGGGAGUAUUUAAUAUCGCAUCAUACACACAAUACUUCAAUGUGGAUACAGACGUUAUCUUAACCAGAUUGCUUAGUUCUUUAUAUCCCCAUACUGGAGAUUUUUUCAGCAAAAUUGAUGCCAACCCUGAUCUAUAUGGGCUAAUCUGGAUUUCCACUACGUUGGUGUUUGUGCUUGCUGCACUUGGUAACUGUGCCACCUACCUCAUGGACAAGCGCACAGAUAGCAGUACCUCUUGGGUGUUUAAUGUCAGUUAUAUGAGUUUGGCAGCCUACUCAGUCUACGGUUAUGCAAUUUUGGUGCCAUUGGCAUUCUAUUUCUUGAUACAGUAUCUGGGCACCGCAAAUGCCAGCCUAGUUCGGUAUUGGUGUAUGUGGGGAUACUCUCUCUUCAUUUUCGUUGCAGCCUCUUUUCUGCUGCUUAUCCCAGUUGAGGCUCUUCGGUGGAUCAUUAUAGUUCUCGUUGGUGGGUAUUCUGCUUGCUUUGUUGCCUUCAAUCUCAGGUCCAAUAUGGAGGGGAGUGAUUUUUCACUUGUGGUGGUUGCUGCAUUUCUCUUGCAACUGGCCCUGGCAAUCUUCUUUAAGGUCUACUUCUUUCCAUGAGUGUUACCAAGCGCGCUCGG